GUCCACAGGGAAAUGACACAGCGUCACGCUCACCAAUACGACGGGGGACGGGGAGCGCACGCGAGCAAAACACACACCAAGACAAAGGGGGGGUGUUGAUGCAGAAUCAACAAAGAUGCAAUUAGGCGAAAAGAAGGAGGCAAAUGGAAUGAAAACCUAUAAAUAACAACGUGAAUUAAAGUAGAGGAGACAAAGCCAGAGAUUGAGAGACUGCAAGAGAGCAACAGAGAGAUAAACAGAGCGAGAGAGCGAGUGAGAGAGAGAGAGAGAGAGAAAGCGAGCGAGUGAGCGAGCGAGAGAGCGAAGCAGCGCUCCCUAACUCCUGAUUCCCAGACUGGCAGCUCCGUGCUCCGAUCCGCACACGCUCGCGGCUUUCACCGCCAUGCAGACGGCAACACGGGCUUCUGCCGCCGAGCCCGGCCUCUCCAAUUACACCCACUGACCAUAUCAGCCUGCACACACGGGGAAAGUCAAGACAGGCUGAGCUCACUGCCUCGCACCCGCAGCCGAUGGAUCAUCAACAGACGACGGCCAGCGGAGUUCACACGGGGAGCUAAAGGAACAGCAAACGCGAGCGGCCCAAGGACGACCGGCAGAGAUGAGAGUGGCACUGGUGUGUUCCAUCCUCUCCCUCCUCACGCUGACGCGCGCCUGUCCCAAGGAGUGCACCUGCAACAGCAACACCAAGGUGGUGGACUGCCGAGGCCGAGGCCUCUACGACGUCCCCCGCCGGAUGCUCCCAGACACCCAGGAGCUGUACCUCCAGGACAACCGCAUUCGGGGCCUGGGCUCCAUGGCCUUCAGAGAGGUGCCCCUGGUUCGCGUCCUCGACGUAUCCAACAACUCCAUCACGUCCGUUUCGCCCACCGCUCUGCUGGGGCUCCGGAACCUGCAGCGCCUCAGCCUGGCUCACAACGGCCUCCGAGAGGUGGACAAGCGGCUGCUCGGACCCGUCCGCUCCCUCUCCCACCUGGACCUCUCGCACAACAGCUUGUGGGGCUUGUCUGGAGCCAUGGGGGACAGUCUGAGGAACCUCAGCCACCUGGGGCUGGCGCACAACAGGCUAACGCGGCUGGACCGCUCCCUGUUGGAGGCCUUGACCCACUUGGACAGCCUCACGCUGCGGGACAACCCCUGGAGGUGUGACUGCCAGCUUAUCGGCCUCAAGCUCUGGCUGGAGACCUACCUCUUCAAAGGCGGCGCUGUGGACGAGGCGCUGUGUUCCCAGCCAGAGGAAAUGAGGGACAGAGACUUGCAGAAAGUCCCGUACCAGCUCUUCCACGCCUGCAUGACAACCAGCUACCACUACCUGUUCGCCAACAUACACCACCUGGAGUCCGAGAGGCUGCUCCGGGGCCACACCCACGGAAACCACGCCCACCCCUCCAGCCACGCCCUCCACGUCCCCAUGGCGAUGGGGGAGGGCUUCGGCGGCGGCGGAGGGGGGGGAGGCGGCGGGGGGGGCAUGCCGGAGUGCGAACCCAAGCAGAAGCAGCGACCCGUCAACCUGCGGCACGCCAUCGCCACGGUGAUCAUCACCGGCGUGGUGUGCGGCAUCGUGUGCCUGAUGAUGCUGGCGGCAGCGGUGUACGGCUGCGCCUACGCCGCCAUCAUGGCCAAGUACCAGCGGGAGCUGAAGAAGAACGAGGAGCAGGCGGCGGCGGCGGCGCAGAGGGCGGACCACGCCGCGGCGGGUGCUAAGGAGCCGCUGGAGAACGCCAUCGCCUAGGAGACGGAGGCGGAGGCAGCAAACCUUUAACGCAGCCGUCUGCGGACGUCACGCGUGUGCGUGUGUGUGAGGCUGAUGGGGGGAGGAGGGAGGCUCUGUUUGUGUGUGUUCGCUCAUUUCUGAGACUCGGGUAGCUAACUGCCACAGGUACAGUAUUUGACUAUGCACUGAGGUUUUAGGGGCAGGCCAAAGAAUUCAGACGCGCCGAUUCCAUUUUGUCUGGAAAAAUGCAUAUCACAGAGAAACAAAUUGAUAUAUUUUUAACUGUGUGUUUGUAUAUAACAGUGGUGUUGAAGAUGGAUUUCAGAAAUUGUCUUUGAGAUGUCGAUUUAAAAUGUUAUAGUAGGCAGCUGCAGUCACUUUAGCUCUGUUUGUAUCAAUACUGUGAGCGAAUGAGAACAAGAAUGAAACUGUGUCAGUGUUUUGCUCGAAUGCGUUCAGUGUUUGCACAUGUUAAUUAAGGAGUCUGUGCCUAAUAAUGUGACAUCGUUUUGUAGAGGAAUCCAAUUUCUUAAAAGGAUAUUUUUUGACUACUGAGGUGGAGAUGAGCAGUUUAUUGAAGCAAUAAUGAAACAGGCUAAUGUGAUGUGAAGAGCAGCAGAAGCUUGUUGUUCUAUGACUUUACGGGUUCGUCGUCAUCCAUACAAACAAUAUUGAACGCAUCCUAAAACUGCGGAGAGUUUGUGAGUUAAUGCUGAUUACAUAAAGGCAGUCCUGUCGUCCACUCUGUGUUAUAUAAAAUACCGAUAAUAAAAAAAUACAUUUGAACGGAUCUCUGUACUAUAUGUAUAGUGGUAACUGAUUUAAUAAGGCAUUCAAUGGAGAAACAUUAAAAGAGGAAUAUUUUCGAAAA